CUAUAGAAACGUAGGAAAGUAGCAUUAUCUUAAUGUCACCAAACCAACUAACACAUAUGUGACAUAUAGCUUGAAAAAAUCUCAUCCCUACUAUCCCACAACUUUAUACAAGUAAUUACUGAAAUUAAUACUCCUACUGUCUCUAUAAAUUUUUCUUGUUUUAACUCGUAGAAUAGUUAGUAGUAUAAUAUUCAUAUAAUAUCAAACAAAGCUCCAAAAUAUACUUGUACUGUUGUACAUCUUUUUUUUAAUAUAUGUCCAAAAUAUGGGUAAGAUAUGGUUGGAAGAAGGAACAUAAAAGUAGAGUUAUUGGAGCCCUUAGAGGGAAGGAUUAUAAAUGUGCACAAUUGAUUCAUUACCUCAGAUCAAUAGUGGACCUCUCUUAGAGUUCACACAAAAUUUUUCUUAAAUUAUAUUUUUGUAAUUAUGACAGGAAAUCGUCUGCAAUUAAAUCAAGUUGUACAGCAGUCUGCAAGUAACGAUAUCAAAGGCAUGGAGCCUGAACUUUACAUUGCAGCAUUAUACGGGUCUUUUCUAGACAUGUCAAUUUGUAUCUCGUGUAUGCCGGAUUGGAAGGAGCAAACAACAAUCACCGGUAACAAUGUCCUCCACGUUCACGUCGGGAAACCUCUUCGCGGCUCGGCGAAAGAUAAAAAAAUGUUGAGAAUGAUCAAUGUUAAGCUCAUCAAAGAAGUUCUUGAUCAUGACAGUUCAUUGUUGUGGAAGGUGAACAAUAAUGGUAAUACUCCUUUACAUCUUGCAGCUCGUUUCGGGUUUGGGGAUGUUGUUCAAGUCUUCCUAGAGCGAGCUGCUAAAGAUGUAGGUGACUUGGUGAGAAUGAUUAAUAAUAGGAAGGAUACUGCCCUGCACGAGGCUGCUCGUGCAGGGCAUGUUGAUGUGGUGAAGAGGCUAGUUACCGCCAAUUUUAAGUGUCUGUAUGGCCCUAAUGAGGCGGGUGAGACUCCGCUUUACCUUGCUGCUGAGAGGGGGUCUACGGAGGCGGUUGCGGUCAUUGUCGAAACUUGCGAUUACUCGGCUAUGGCGCAUCGAGGUCCUAGUGGCAGAACAGCUCUUCACGCUGCAGUACAGUGGGGAAAUUCUGUGAUGGUAAAGAAGAUGCUAGAAAAAGACCGAUCGUUAAUGAGAAUUCGGGAUAACGAGGGGCAGACACCCCUGCAUUCAGCAGCAGCAGAGAUCAGUCAACUAGAACUUCUGAAGGUGCUGUUAGAACAUGACCAAAAAGGAUCAUCAGCAAUAUAUAUCCUUGAUAACAAGGGGCGAACGGCCUUGCAUAUCGCGAUGCUCCGGUGUUCCUGGGGCGCUAUGAAGGCGCUUAUGACCUCGUGUCCGGACUGCAUCGAGAUAGUAGACAAUGAUGAACAGAAUGUUGUGCAUUAUGCUGCUAAGUGGAAUUGUCUUACUAAAAUUGAUUCUUUUCUCAAGUUGGGACACUUCGACGAGCUUCUUAACCAGAAGGAUGUAAAUGGGGAUACACCUCUGCAUCACAUUGUUGCCUCUAUUCCGAAAAAUUACACUCAUCCGUGUUUACUUAAAGUCCGGAAUUUCAUUGUUAACCACACCGUCUUGGACCUCAAAGUGUUCAAUAAACAAGACCUUACUGUUGGGGAUAUAAUGGCUUCUUAUGAUCGGAUUAUUCGUCGUGAAAGCAUUCUACAAGGUCUUUCGGGAGCAGUAGCCCCAAGAGGUAGGCGAAUCAACACGUACGAAAUGGAUCUGGACGUUGAGAAAGCAAGGGGUGAUGAUCUAGGAGAAGGAACCAAUGUUAACACGCUCAAAGAGGCAGCUCAAAGUCGUUUGGUUGUGGCCGCCUUGAUUGCAACAGUCUCGUUCACAGCCGGUUUUACCUUACCCGGUGGAUUCGAUCAAAACAUAGGUGACAACAUGGGCAUGGCCGUGCUCAAGGGUAGGUUGGCCUUCAAAGUUUGUGUAGUUUCAAACGCGAUAGCCUUCAUGUCUUCAACAAUAGCAAUACUUCUAUAUUUUGUCCUAGUAACGACAGGAUCAACAUGGUUCAUAAGAAUUCUUUCGUCACAUGGCCUUAUGUUGAACACGUUUUCACUAGGGGCCUUGAUGAUAGCAUUCACUACAGGGGUUUCUGUUGUGGUAUCCGCUAACAUAGCCCUUGUUAUCGCGUUAUGGGCAUUUUCGACUCUUUUCUUCGUGUACUAUGUCACACUAAUCUUUCAAACUUAUGGAGUUUCUAUGUUCUACGCUAGAAGGUGUAGCUUGAGGUGGAAAUAGUGCGUUACAUGCCAAACACUAAAGAAUAUUGUGGUAUAGUUGGUUAAAAUGUAACAACUACACUAUCACAAUUAUUAAUUAUGGCAGUAACUAUGAAAUCAUUGUAUAUUAUUUGUGAUUAUUCAUUAUAUCUUGAUUGUUUGUGGGCCUUUCGGCGGGGAUUAUUUACCCAAUUUUUGGGGAGAAAUAAUUGUAAAUGAGUUUACAAAAACACAACAUUAUUAAAAAAAAUAAUAAUAAUACUCUAAAUA